AUGGCGGUUAGUUCCGGUGACGAGUGCCGAAGCGAUGAUAGUGUAGUGGUGUUGCCUGAUGGAGGAACCGCCAAACCAGAGAAUGACUCACAACUAAAUAUUGUCAGGCAUAUGGAAGCUUUUAAUAUGAUGAAAAGUGUCGUGUGCUUGACUACAGAGUCAAAUUUGGAAAAUGCUAACCUAAAGAUGGAUAAAGCAAACAACCCUGCCCCAUGUAUUUUAGAUGUUGAUAUUGAGAAAGGAAAGUCAGAAAAUACUAAUCUCAAUGAUGAAUCUGUUGAGCUUCUGAAGACUAAUGAUUCCUUUGCAAGGACAUUGCAGAGAGAGAUUAGCUUAGGAAGGAAAUUCACACAGCUUCUAAUGAACCAUAGCUCUGAGUUACCCAAGUUCACUUCAAGAGAGAAGUUUUUGACCGAGGGAGUUUAUGAUGCACUUACUAACAGAUCAAGGAAAUACAAGCGAUCUGCCUCCUUCAAUUCAAGGAGAGUAGUACUUUUGUUCUCAGUCUUAUCGAUUAUGGGAACGAUAAUCCUAAUAUAUCUGACUCUGCGCAUGUGGCUGAUUGGUGAUGGGUCUGGUAAUGUUUGA